AGAGGGAAGGUUUUAUUUUGUACGGUACGGGUCAUCAAUUUUUUAAAGUGUGAGAGUAUCGCAAUGGCGAUACCUAUUGGCGAUGUAAAAAAUUCAAACAAAAAUGUCGUGGAUCGGUAACUGUUUCGGCUGUAAGUAUAUUAUUUUUUACUACAUUAAAUUAUUCUUCUUCUUCUCAACUGUUCUCGGUGGUCAGAGUAGUCGUGGUUAUGUAUAUCUGUGACGCUCUUCUGUCUUUCACUGCGGCUCUUGCGAUCUCCCUCCAGCGGCUCCUACAGAUCGCAAUGCGAGAGUACUCGUCAACGGGGGAACUUGUAGCAGCUUUUUACGGUUCCAUACCAAAACAGAGCCUUAUUAAUGUCACUCUGCGGCCUAUCUGUCCGUCUGUCUGUCUGUCUGCGUAUCAUAUCAUAUAACUUUAAAUAUACCACGCGACGGAAAAACAAUUUUACUUCAAUAUUUCAGCAUUUAUUUCAACUUUAUGUAAAUAAAUAUUAUGCUUACAUAUACACAUCGUUUCAUUUUUUGAUUUAAUUUAAUCAGUUUCCUCAAAUUCCCCUCACUAUCUAAGUUCAACUAUUUAUUCCCACUAGUUCAACGGUUGAACUAAUCAGUUGAACUAGUGGGAACGAGCGCAAUUAUAUUACUCGCAUAAAUUCUUGCAAUAAUAAUUAUUAAGUAAUGGACUUCGUCAACGCGGAGAGUAUGGUUGUGCAACAGAAACCUAGUAGAUUAGUACGCAAAAUAUGGAGAGUGAACAUCAACUCUCAGCCAUGCAAAGCAAUAAAUCUAGAUGUAUCACCAUGUGCCGAUGGGUGGUAGAAAUUGUAAAUGGGAGAAUAAACUUGAUUAUAAACUUCUUCCACAAGAGUUUUUUAAUCGUGCUAUGUCACACGUGAUGGACGAUUUUAGAAUUGAAUGUGCUCUUACUAAUAAGUUUCACCCAUUGAUAGAAGAUCGUCCAGAGAGUAUUUGGCAAUAGCACGACAAAGGCUGAAUAUAGAAAUUCACCUAGCCGAUUUCAUUAUUAGGGAAAAUGUUGAUAGACGGCGCGCUACCUUUACAGCAUUGAUGGUAAUAUACCACAAUUAGCAGACUUCCCCAAACUUGAGCUAGUAUGUAGUGAUUCAUAAAUCUAAUCACUAAAAUAGAAUUAAAAAUUCAAGUUCCAUUACCUAAAAAUGUCCUUAUGAACGACAUCUAGCUAUCGUGUAAGGCAUUACUUUAAAUAAAACCACAAGAAAUCAACGCCGACUAGUAUCAAAUAGCGGAAACCUAAAACUUCAGUGUCAUCUGCCGGAGAAUAGCUUAAACUAAACAUAAAUCAAUAAAUAAGUUACUCAUAUACACUAGCGACAUCCGACCAGGGUCAGUCAACUUUGUAGGGAUUGGUUGGUUCAGACAGGUGGGUUUGUUAUGGGGUUCUCAAUAUAGAAAAUAAAAAUAAAGAUCCUUUAUUACAACGGCAGCACCAAAGCUUUGAGAUGUCAUACUAUACUAUAGUCUAUACUUGUCAUUUGAAAAUUCGAAUUAAACGGUUUACAAGUUUGUUUAUCGUUUUAUCGUUUUAACAUUUUUCUUAUUUCUUGUGGUUUAUCAUUUAAAGUGCGUCGAGUUUAAUGUUUUCCUCCGCCUUUAAUAGAGAGUUUUAACUACCUAGACUAAGUUAAGAUUGUAAACCAUAGCUAUCCCAGCCAAGCAUAUUUCAUUCUUCUGUGAUCUACUUGAAUGAACUGACCUGAUGAAAUGAAGGCUUUGACUUAUUACAAUUAUUUUCUUAUACAUUACAGGUACUCCAUGCUUGUUUUGAGGCUGGCAUUACCAUUGCUGCAACAAUUUGUGACAUGGAUGAGGUGAAUAGAAGAGCACUUACACAACUAGGUGCAUCAGUUGAAGAGCCAUAUUUCAAGUAUAAAAAUAAUGAGAUUGUUGCACAAUGAUACACCCUAUCUGCUCAAAUGUUUUAGAAAAAAUCUUAAAUAUGACAUACUGUAACAACCCAACCUAAUAUUAUUAGUUCUUAAGAGAUGCCAAUAGAUGGCGCUAGUCGUAUACUAUGUCGCGUUAGCAUUCAAUAAUUUGCUCAAGUAUAGGUAUCUGCCUUGUAACAUCGAUUGUCAUUCCGAAAGCCACCUGUACUCGGUACGCUUAGCUUAGAAGGCGCUUUGGCCCACGGCCGAACACCCUCGAACUACAUACCGCAGCACACAUUGGUUACGGGCGACUUGCAAGCAUCGUGCCACGCGCGAUCUUCUUGUCGUUCCACUCGUGUCAAACUCAACCUCUGUACUCGUCAAUAAACGCUAUCUGUACACCUCGGAGUUUUAGUACCGUCCCAACGUCGCCCGUACACUACAAGUGGCGCCCAACGGCAAGAAUCCGCAACGCUGGACGGCGAGAAAAAACGCAAAAGCUCCGCUUCGCAGCCGAAAUUCGUAGUGACGCGAUCAGGGCGAACUACAACUGUACGUGCUAGGACUCUGAAAAACACCGACAAGAUGCCAUUAUCUGACGAACAAUUCAAGGCGCUUCUAGCAGCGGUUGGAGGAGGCAGUAAGAAAGGAUCCUUCGCGACGUGCACCAUUUCUUACGAAGGCGAAAGGGAUAGCAACACCGUCGAGGCUUUUCUUGCUGCAGUAUCGGUUUUCAAGCAAGUGGAAAAAAUCUCCGACGAAGAUGCAAUAGCUGGCCUCCCGCUUAUUUUAAAAAAGGAUGCGGCAACUUGGUGGCAAGGCAUCAAAGAAGGAAUCACUGAAUGGGAUGACUUCAAAAAGAAGCUGCGCCACUCCUUUGCUCCUAAGAAACCGGCAUACAAGAUCUAUCAAGAGAUUAUAAAUGUGAAACAACAAUACGAUGAGGCCACAGAGAAGUUCGUAGCCCAAAAUCGAAUGUUGUUAGCUCAACUACCAAAGCCAGAACACACGGAGGAGCAACAGCUCGAUAUGGUUUUUGGUCAACUUAAACUGACGAUUAAAGAAAAGGUGCCUCGAUCGUCAAUAAAAACAUUCGACGAUCUAUUACACAAGGCCCGUGCAGUCGAAGAAGUUAAUAAGGAUAAAGAUUAAUUUAAGGAGUUCGAAUUUUAAAAAAAUUCGAAUUAGUUCGAAUGACUUUUCAAACUUCGCGCCACAAUGAAGUUUCCAAAGGGUCCCACAAGUGGCGCUAGUAGUCUUACUUUGUAACCACUUUUUUGUAGGUUGUUGUCGUUCUUCUCCGCUAGGAGUAUAAGUAUUCUGUGCAUCCGACGGUCAAAAGCUUUUUAUUCUGGAAACAUCUAUAAAAAAUAAUAAGCAUUUCCUGCGACUGGAAUAUUCCAGAUUACUCCACAUUUCCGGCUGAUUCCACAUAAAUAGCCGAACUCUCAAGUCCGUGCGACAGUCUUAAUUAAAUUACUUGCAAGCACUAUGCAAGAGUGCUUCGACAAGGCUUAUCUAAUUAGUAAACAGUGGGAAGUGAAGUGUGUGUGAUAAACCCUGUAAAAGGUUGGUAACCGUGAAUUAAUUAGUUCUAAUUUAGGCUAUUUUUUUAGUUACUUGUAAUUAAUUUUGAUUUAACCUUAGCAGCAGAAAUCAUUCGUCAUUUUACUUCAGCAUUGUAUUUAUCAGAACAAAGUAGCAUGGGUACGUGUCGUCUUUAUAUACUAAUUACCAAACAUCCUGUAUAAUUAUUU